AAAAAAAAGAAAGACCACUACGCUAUUCCUCUCCCUCUCUGCAUCGUAGCCUAUAAUCUAUCUCUCCGCCCGCCGUCCGGUGAGUUUUAUCGGCGGCGAGUAGAGUCAAUGCCGGCACAAAAGCGUUCGCACGAAGCUCUUUAUGAGGACGAUGACGACGAUGUUGAGCUGCAACGUAAUAAUCAGAACAUUCACGAGGAAUCCGAAGAAGAAAACGAUGACCAAGACGUAGAACAAGAUGAGCAAGCGGAAACGGAUGAUGAUGGAAGCGCCUCCUCUAGUUGCAGUGACAAGGACGAAUUUGUCCUUGUAAAACUAGCUGAAAUUCGCAAGGAGGUGCAAUGCCCAAUCUGUUUAGGAAUUAUUCGGAAGACAAGAACAGUUAUGGAAUGCCUACACCGGUUUUGUAGGGAAUGCAUAGACAAAUCAAUGAGACUCGGGAACAAUGAAUGCCCUGCGUGUCGUGCUCAUUGUGCAAGCCGUCGAUCUUUAAGGGAUGAUCCGAAUUAUGAUGCCCUCAUUGCAGUUUUGUAUCCUGAUAUUGAUAAAUAUGAGGCUGAGGAGUUUGCCUUUCAUGAAGAGGAGAGAGCUCGGAAUAAGCAGAUCCAAGCUUCAAUUGCCCAAACAUCUCGAAGACAACUGGAAGCAUUAGGAAAAAAACGUACAAACGCUAAAGCGACAGCUGCAGUAUUCAUGAGAAGAUCACAGGCAAACACAACACGUAACCUAAGAGGAAGAAGAAGCUGGAAAUCAUCUGAACCCCAAGAAGAAUCAGACAAUGAUGAAGAUGAUGGAGGAGGAAAAGACUCAUCUUCUGGCGAUGAGCAUGAGCCUGAGCCUGAACCUGAACCUGAGCCUGAGCCUGAGCCUGAGCCAUGUACUGAGCCAAGACCAAAGAGGUACAAGAGAUGGGGUGGGAGUGGGACGCGCUCUUCGUUGCCGUCAAGUAGUGCCGAUGGUGACAACGAGGUGGAAACCACCAGGGAAACGGCGGUGGUAUCGGCGGGGAUUGGCGGCAGUUCAGAGAUUCUGGCGUGGGGGUAGAGGUGGCAUUAGGAGUCAUACAAGGCAUGGGAGUUUAAGUAAUAGUGGUGGGAAGAGUACAAGGAACAGUAGGGUUUCCAAGAUUAUGGAUCAUCUUCGAAAAUUGCCACAAAAUAAUGAUAAGAUGGAUAUUCAUCUUAAGCUCAUCUCCUUGGAUGAACAAAAUAUACCCAAUAUGCCACAUCUAUACCUUUGCUGCACCCCAACCAUGCCAAUCAUACAUGUUGGCCAGUAUGUUGCUGUUGAGAAAGGUUUGCAAUAUGAUGAGAUUGAGCUACUAUUGGUGAAAGUGGAUCAUUCAUCUGGUGAACAGCCUGAGCCUGUUGUUAUAAAUCCUUUGACUGAUGAGUUGCAGUUGUUGGAAGAGCAUCAAACCUUGUUGGAUGUUGCAAAAAAUUCACCUCACAAAGAUCUCACUCUUGCAUACAGGAAGAAGUUGAGUAGCUCAUAAUCAUGAGUGAGUGAGAAUAUGAUUGGAUAUGAGAAAGGAAAUUAGUAGUUGGUAUGAAUUCUCUUAUGAAUAUGUUUAUUUCAAUGGUUUUAUUAGUAGUUGAAACAGAUUGGAUAAAAUAUAAAUCUCAACAAUUUGUCGAUAUUUUUGUUAUAGUUAGGAAAAAAAGGUCGUAAUGUGA